UCGGGCGCAGCGUCAUGCGGUUCCGCUUUGGGGUGGUCGUGCCAACCGAGCUGGGCAGCUCGGCUCGGGAGCUGCUGGUCGUGGGGUCGCGGCCCGAACUGGGGAGCUGGGAUCCGCAGGGAGCCGUGCGCCUGAGGCCGGCAGGCGUCACGGCGUGCGCGGGGGCACUGGCGCUGCCAGAGCCCGGCCUCUGGCUCGGGGAGGUGGAGCUGGAGCCCGAGGAGGCGGUGCCCGACGGGGCGGAGCCGGGUCGCGUGGGCACGUUCUGGUUCAAGUUCUUGAAGAAAGAUCCCGGAGGAGAGUUUUUCUGGGAAGGUAAUGGGCCUCACCAUGAUCGCUGCUGUACUUAUGAUGAAAACAACUUGGUGGAUGGUGUUUAUUGUCUUCCAAUAGGACACUGGAUUGAGGCCAGUGGGCACACCAAUGAGAAGCAGCACACAGGAGACUUCUAUUUUAAAAUUGCAGCCCACCAAGCCAUGCAUUAUUCAAGAAUUCUGCACAAUCUCUGGCUGGGCAGCUGUCCCCGCCAAGUGGAGCAUGUGACCAUCAGACUGAAGCAUGAGUUGGGGAUUACAGCUGUAAUGAAUUUCCAGACUGAGGCGGAUAUUCUGCAGAAUUCCUGCGGCUGUAAUCGCUACCAGGAACGCAUGAGUCCAGACACUCUGGUGAAACUGUAUAAGGAGGAAGGCUUGGUUUACAUCUGGAUGCCAACCCCCGAUAUGAGCACUGAAGGUCGAGUGCAGAUGCUGCCCCAGGCGGUGUGUCUCUUGCACGGACUGCUGGAGAAUGGACACACAGUGUACGUGCACUGCAAUGCCGGGGUGGGUCGCUCCACGGCGGCCGUGUGUGGCUGGCUCCUGUACGUGCUGGGCUGGCAGCUGAGGAAGGUGCAGUACUUCGUCAUGGCCAAGCGGCCGGUCGUGUACAUUGAUGAGGAUGCCCUGACCCAGGCCCAAGAAGAUUUUUUCCAGAAAUUCGGGAAAGUCUGUGCUUCCAAAUGUCGCGUGUAGUUGGGCCACUGACCUCUUUCCCACCCCCUUUCCUUGGGGGGUGAGGCGCUUAGGGGCUUUGGGUACCAUGACCCAGAAACAGAGGAUCUGCCUGAAUUGAAAUGACCCCGCGGUCCCGCCUGGCAUGUUCACGUUAGUCAGGGGCUGACUUUCUGGCAGCCUUCGGUUGAGCUGUGCCUUUGAAGUAUUUCCCAAAGAAGCUGUGACUUGUGCAUGAGAAAAUGCCUCAGAGCAGGUGGGCCCUGCAUUAUCCUUGUAGUCAGAGAGGAGAGGGCUGCAUGCAGUUUCCUCAUCCCAGGAAGAGAAGCCCUUUGCUUCACAGACACUGCCUCUGCGGGAUUCUGGACUUUGUGCUGUUCUUCCUCCCGACGUUGCACCAUGGCACACAGAAGGAAAGGCAGGGUAUCAUGAAGGUUUCUUGACUUAUGUUUCUGUCACCCAUAUGCACGCAUGCCCGCACACAUGCAAAUGCACACACGCCCACACGCAUGCAAACGCACACGUGUGCACACACGUACACGCACACACACAUGCACACACGCAUGCAGACACACACACAACAUAUGCACACACACACGCACACACACACCAGUUUUGUAGAACUGAAAUGAAGUUACUGAUUGAGAGUGGGUCAGUUGCCAAGGAAAGAAAUAGAGCAAAAACCUAGCCUGUGAAAAAGAGUCCCCAUGAGCAUUGAAGGAUGACUGGGUGGAGGUUGUUCACAGUUGUUGAGGCAGCUCUGAAGCUCCCAAACCCACGAGAGCUCUUAGCAGUGAGUUCCUUGGGAGGCAAUGAAAAUAGGGGGUGAUCUCAGGACAUUGCUUUGUCACCAGCCCUACCUAGAGUAACCCAGGGGCAUCAUGGCCAGAAUCCCUUUGUGGAAGCUGAACCUGAGGCCUGAUCAGGAAAGGCUCGAGCCCCUGGGAGAGGAGGAGCUCCAGAGGAAUGGAACGCUGUGAGAGGGAGCACAGUGGGCUGGGUGCGCUCCAGGUGUCACCCCAUCCCGGAACCUGCCAGGAGUGAGCCCUGGCUGCAAAGCUAAGAGUCAGCCCUAAGCAGAAUAACCAAAAGCAAAACAAAAACAGAGAAGACCAAAAAUUCCAAGUCCUUUCCCCUAGACACAGCCUGGGAAAAGACCGUUGGUCUCUUCUGGGGAAAGAGGUGGUCUCCGCUGGGGAAAAUGCCUGUAAAACCAACUUUGCAAAAGCAGCCAGGGCGCAUCUCCAUUCUGAGUUCCCAAAUUUCAACUUGGGAUGUGUACUUCUUUUUACUUGAUGGGGCUCUCUCUUCUCUGGAAAAGACAGUUGUAUUCUCUUUGGAAUGUGCUUUUCUUCUUCUCCCUCACUCCUUCUCCUCAUAUUUCCUCAAUAAAAUUAUUUUAUUUCA